CGCAUUUCGUCCGCGCUGGAAUUGUGUUGACGUCGCUAGAUACUGGAAUCUGAAUCCCCAGAAAUCCUGAUUCGCCUGAUACAAUCUGCUGAAUUGAUCCCAAUCCACUCAACCAUUGCCCUUUGUUGGUCGUAUAUGACUCUCCACCAUGACUGAAGCCGUCGCCACGCCCCAGAAGCGGGUUUUAGGUGACGCAACCAAUAACCCGCGCAAUGUCCAGAGCUCCCCCAGUUCAAUGAAAAAACGGAAACUAGAUGCAUUGUCAUCUUCCAAGCUGGGCCCAACCAUCCAGAGUGGCCAGCGCAAAGUGCCGGGCUCCAGCCAACCGCAAAAGAGCCAGUUUGAAGAGGAAGUCUUGGAGAAGCUGACACAGGACAUAAAUGACCUGAAGGGCAGCAAUUCCGAAAAAGAUCAGCAGUGGGAGCGACCCCCUCUGGGUCCGUUUGACCCGACAAAGGAGAAUGUCUGUUUUCAACAGAUCGACGCGGAGGAGGGUACAAUUCUGGGCGGUAAAACAGCCGUUCGGUUAUUUGGUGUCACAGAGGCUGGUCAGUCGGUCUUGCUACACGUUACCGGAUUCCAACAUUAUCUAUAUAUUGCCGCUCCGGUGGGCUUCACGAAAGAUGAUUGCGACCCUUAUCGAGCUUUCCUGGAAAGCAGACUGGGGCAGUUCACCCCGGUCAUCCAGUCCGUUCAGAUAACGAUGAGGGAGAAUAUUUAUGGAUUUCAAGGGAAUCAGAAGAGCUACUACCUGAAGAUCACCGUGACCGAGCCGAAAUUCAUCAGCAAGGUGCGGGGCGCGCUGGAGAACGGAGCCCAGAGCGUGAACUACAAGGGCCUGUGGAACAAGUCAGAUUCCGGAAUUCUCACCUUCGAUAAUAUCCAAUACCUUCUACGAUUUAUGAUCGAUACAGAUAUUUCCGGCAUGGCCUGGGUCGAGGCAAAGGCUGGAAAGUACCGCCUCCUGGACCCUCGGGAGAGGAUGUCGAAUUGUCAAAUCGAGGCUACCGUUGACUAUCGGGACCUAAUUGCCCACCCGCCCAAUGGUGAAUGGGCGAAAAUGGCACCGCUUCGCGUCUUGUCCUUCGACAUUGAAUGCGCCGGGCGGAAGGGCAUCUUCCCCGAGCCGAACCAAGACCCCGUGAUUCAAAUAGCCAACGUUGUGACUCGGUACGGAGAAUCGAAGCCGUUCAUCCGCAACGUCUUCGUUCUAGAUACGUGCAGCUUGAUCGUCAACACGCAGAUCCUCGAAUUCGAAAAGGAAGAGAAGAUGCUCAUGGCAUGGCGUGACUUCGUGGAGAAGGUGGAUCCAGAUGUGAUCAUCGGAUACAACAUUGCCAAUUUCGAUUUCCCCUACCUAUUGGACCGCGCGAAACACCUCAAAUGCACGAAUUUCCCGUAUUGGACUAGAUUGAAUGGCAUUCGCUCCGAAGCGACGUCCUCGAACUUUUCGAGUAAACAGAUGGGCAACCGCGACACGAAAACGACCAAUACCAACGGACGAAUCCAACUGGACCUUUUACAAUUAGUCCAGAGAGACUACCAUCUGCGAAGCUAUACCUUGAACUCGGUAUCUUACGAAUUCCUGGGCGAACAAAAGGAAGAUGUCCACCACACCAUGAUCACAGAGCUGUAUAACGGGACUCCAGACUCGCGGAGACGUCUGGCGGUCUACUGUCUGAAAGACGCAUAUUUGCCGCAGCGGUUAAUGGAUAAGCUCAUGUGUCUUGUCAACUACACCGAGAUGGCGAGAGUAACGGGAGUCCCGUUCAAUUUUCUAUUGUCGCGUGGCCAACAAGUCAAGUUCAUCAGUCAGCUCUUCCGCAAGGCUUUGGAACAACAGCUCGUCAUCCCCAACGAUAAGCCGGCCGACCAACAAGAUUACGAAGGCGCCACCGUUAUCGAACCGUCUCGAGGCUACUAUCGCGUGCCGAUUGCCACCCUUGAUUUUGCAUCUCUAUACCCCUCCAUCAUUCAAGCCCACAACUUAUGUUACACCACGCUGCUGAACAAGAACAGCAUUGAGAGGUUCAAGUUAAAACAGGACGAGGACUAUAUUGUGACACCAAACGGUGAUAUGUUCUGCACGCCGAAUGUUCGCAAGGGCCUUUUGUCGCAGAUUCUCGAAGAAUUGCUUUCUGCGCGAAAGCGCGCCAAGAAGGAGCUGGCUGUGGAGACGGAUCCGUUCAAAAAAGCCGUCUUGAACGGACGGCAGCUUGCACUGAAAGUCAGCGCGAACAGUGUCUACGGGUUGACUGGUGCUACUGUCGGUAAACUUCCGUGCCUGCCGAUCGCUAGUAGUACCACCAGUUACGGGCGUCAGAUGAUCGAGAAGACGAAGCAGGAGGUGGAGGCUAAGUACACGAUCGCCAACGGGUAUUCGCACGAUGCGCGGGUUAUUUACGGCGAUACCGACUCGGUCAUGGUCAAGUUUGGAGUGACCGAUCUCGAGGAGGCGAUGAAACUUGGACAGGAGGCGUCGGAAUACGUCUCUUCCAAAUUCAUCAAGCCGAUCAAGCUUGAAUUCGAAAAGGUCUACUUUCCUUACCUCCUGAUCAACAAAAAGCGAUAUGCGGGGCUGUAUUGGACGAACCCCAACAAAUUUGACAAGAUGGACACGAAGGGUAUCGAGACGGUGCGCCGAGAUAACUGCUUGCUGGUUCAAAACGUCAUCGAGACGGUGCUGCAUCGGAUCCUCAUUGACCGGGAUCCCGAGGGGGCCCAGCAGUACGUCAAGGAGACCAUCUCGGAAUUGCUCCAGAAUAAGGUCGACAUGUCCAAACUCGUGAUUACGAAAGCGCUGUCGAAGAGUGACUACACGGCCAAACAGGCGCACGUUGAACUGGCCGAGCGAAUGCGCAAGCGCGAUGCCGGCUCUGCUCCCACCCUCGGGGACCGUGUGGCGUACGUGAUAAUUAAGGGCGCAGGCGGGUCGAAGAACUACGAACGGUCGGAGGACCCGCUCUACGUGCUGGAGAACAACAUCCCGAUCGACACGAAGUACUACCUCGACAACCAACUUGCGAACCCGCUGGGUCGUAUCUUCGAACCGAUUCUCGGGGAAAAGAAGGCGAACCAACUGCUGACGGGCGAGCACACGCGGUCCAUCUCAGUAGCCGCCCCGACAAUGGGAGGGCUGAUGAAGUUCGCCAAGAAGACGCAAACCUGCCUGGGAUGCAAGAAGCCGCUGACAGGCAAGGAAGAGAUGGCGGGGGCUGUGUGCCAAAACUGCCAGCCGCGUCUCGGGGAGCUUUACACCAAGUCUCUGUCCAAGGUGUCGGACUUGGAAGUGCGAUUCGGACGGCUGUGGACGCAGUGCCAGCGGUGCCAGGGCAGCUUGCACUGCGAGGUGAUCUGCUCGUCGCGGGACUGCCCUAUCUUCUACAUGCGGAUGAAGGCGAAGAAGGACGUGGAGGAUUCGCAAAAGGAGCUGUCCCGGUUCGAUUUUGACGCGGGGGCGUGGUGAUCCAUGUUCGACGGGAUGGAACUGGGAUUGGUUUGGAAUCCUGUAUGACUAGACAUUGAACCUUGUUUUGCUGGGAAUUGGCGUAUCGGCAACGGCAUGGACGCAUGAAAUGAC